AUGGUCCGCGACCGCCUCUCGGAAUAUCUCGAGAGCAAGGACACCUUCGCCGACACCAUGUUUGGCUUCCGACCUCAUAAGUCGGCACAAGACAUCCUUUUACAGCUUCAUCUCGAGAUCCUCGAACCCACAGAACACCCACAUGACGACAAGAUAGUCCUGGCACUUGAUCUCAAGGGUGCCUUUGAUAAUGUUAAGCACGCCGUCAUACUAAAGAACCUUAGCGAGACCAACUGCGGCGCUCGUACAUUCAACUAUAUCAAACAUUUCUUAACGGACCGCUUGGCCUACAUACUACUACAAGAGACCGAGUACGGCCCAUUUGUUAUGGGAACACGGGGCACACCACAAGGCGCUGUGUUGUCCCCGCUUCUUUUUAACAUUGCCAUGGCACAUCUCCCGGCACAGCUGGCGGGUGACGCUGGUGUUCAGCAUGCGCUGUACGCCGACGACAUCACCAUAUGGGCCACUACGGGAAACAUAGGAGAGAUGGAGGAACGCCUGCAAGCAGCGGCGAGCAUAGUAGACCACUAUGCCACGCACUGCGGCCUCCAAUGCUCCCCGUCCAAGUCUCAAUUUGUGCAUAUUCGAACUUCCCCGAAAUGCAAAACCUCAAUUCAGCUUUCUCUCGCCAGUGGCCCCAUCCGAGAAGUGGAGGAGAUUCGAAUACUCGGUCUCUUCAUUAAUCAACACCGCAAGGCAGGCACAACUAUUGCCAAACUCCGCAAGGUCGGCGACCAGCAUUGGGCCAUGGUUGGACCAAUGCUGGUGUGCUGCCUGGGGUCACUUCCGUCAAUCGGGUGCAAGGGUGUCGAUGACAUCAGGUCUCAUCAACCCGGUCUCAGGAGGCCGCUGACAUCAGGUCUCCUCAAACCGGAGGCUCAGCUCCGGCUCGAAGUCCCAGGCUCGCCGGGAGAGCCGAAAGGCCGAUCACAACAGCGCGUCCACCGCCAAGAAGAGGGCUCGAAAGGGGGCAGCUCAUCGGUGCCUCUUGACGAAGCCUUGGCCGCUCAGCAGGCUCAGCUCCGGCUCGAAGUCCCAGGCUCGCCGGGAGAGCCGAAAGGCCGAUCACAACAGCGCGUCCACCACCAAGAAGAGGGCUCGAAAGGGGGCAGCUCAUCGGUGCCCCUUGAAGAGGCCUUGCCCGCUCAGCAGGCGCAGCUCCGGCUUGAAGUCCCAGGCUCGCCGGGAGAGCCGAAACGCCGAUCGCAACAGCGCGUCCACCGCCAAGAAGAGGGCUGGAAAGGGGGCAGCUCAUCGGUGCACCUUGAAGAGGCCUUGGCCGCUCAGCAGGCGCAGCUCCUGCUCGAAGUCCCAGGCUCGCCGGGAAAGUCGAAUGGCCGAUCACAUAAGCCCGUCCACCGCCAGGAAGAGGGCUCGAAAGGGGGCAGCUCAUCGGUGCCCCUUGAAGAGGCCUUGGCCGCUCAGCAGGCUCAGUUCCGGCUCAAAUACCCAGGCUCGCCGGGAGAGCCGAAAGGCCGAUCACAACAGCCUGUCCACCACCAGGAAGAGGGCUCGAAAGGGGGCAGCUCAUCGGAAGAGGGCUCGAAAGGGGGCAGCUCAUCGGUGCCUCUUGACGAGGCCUUGGCCGCUCAGCAGGCUCAGCUCCGGCUCGAAGUCCCAGGCUCGCCGGGAGAGCGGAAACGCCGAUCACAACAGCGCGUCCACCACCAAGAAGAGGGCUCGAAAUGGGGCAGCUCAUCGGUGCCCCUUGAAGAGGCCUUCCCGCUCAGCAGGCGCAGCUCCGGCUUGAAGUCCCAGGCUCGCCGGGAGAGCCGAAAGGCCGAUCGCAACAGCGCGUCCAUCGCCAAGAAGAGGGCUGGAAAGGGGGCAGCUCAUCGGCGCAGCUCCGGCUUGAAGUCCCAGGCUCGCCAGGAGAGCCGAAAAGCAGAUCGCAUCAGCGCGUCCACCGCCAAGAAGAGGGCUGGAAAAGGGGCAGCUCAUCGGUGCCCCUUGAAGAGGCCUUGGCCGCUCAGCAGGCGCAGCUCCGGCUCGAAGUCCCAGGCUCGCCGGGAGAGCCGAAAGGCCGAUAGCAACAGCACGUCCACCGCCAGGAAGAGGGCUCGAAAGGGGGCAGCUGAUCGUGGCCCCUUGAAGAGGCCUUGGCCGCUCAGCAGGCUGAGCUCCGGCUCGGAGGCCCAGGCUCGCCGGGAGAGCCGAAAGGCCGAUCGCAACAGCGCGUCCACCACCAAGAAGAGGGCUGGAAAGGGGGCAGCUCAUCGGUGCCCCUUGAAGAGGCCUUGGCUGCUCAGCAGGUGCAGCUCCGGCUCGAAGUCCCAGGCUCGCCGGGAGAGCCGAAAGGCCAAUAAAAACCGCCCGUCCACCACCAGGAAGAGGGCUCGAAAGGGGGCAUCUCAUCAGUGCCCCUUGUCGAGGCCUUGCCCGCUCAGCAAGCGCAGCUCCGGCUUGAAGUCCCAUGCUCGCCGGGAGAGCCGAAAGGCCGAUCGCAACAGCGCGUCCACCGCCAAGAAGAGGGCUGGUAAGGGGGCAGCUCAUCGGUGCCCCCUGAAGAGGCCUUGGCCGCACAGCAGGCUCAGCUCCGGCUCGAAGUCCCAGGCUCGCCGGGAGAGCCGAAAGGCCAAUAAAAACCGCCCGUCCACCGCCAGAAAGAGGGCUCGAAAGGGGGCAGCUCGUCAGUACCCCUUGACGAGGCCUUGCCCGCUCAGCAGGCGCUGCUCCGGCUUGAAGUCCCAGGAUCGCCGGGAGAGCCGAAAGGCCGAUAGCAACAGCGCGUCCACCGCCAAGAAGAGGGCUGGAAAGGAGGCAGCUCAUCGGUGCCCCUUGAAGAGGCCUUGGCCGCUCACCAGGCUCAGCUCCGGCUCGAAGUCCCAGGAAGAGGGCUCGAAAGGGGGCAGCUCAUCGGUGCCUCUUCACGAGGCCUUGGCCGCUCAGCAGGCUCAGCUCCGGCUCGAAGUCCCAGGCUCGCCGGGAGAGCCGAAAGGCCGAUCACAACAGCCCGUGCACUGCCAGGAAAAGGGCUCGAAAGGGGGCAGCUCAUCGGUGCCCCUUGAAGAGGCCUUGGUCGCUCAGCAGGCUCAGCUCCGGCUCGAAGUCCCAGGCUCGCCGGGAGAGCCGAAAGGCCGAUCGCAACAGCGUGUCCACCGCCAAGAAGAGGGCUCGAAAGGGGGCAGCUCAUCGGUGCCCCUUGAAGUGGCCUUGGCCGCUCAGCAGGCUCAGUUCCGGCUCGAAUACCCAGGCUCGCCGGGAGAGCCGAAAGGCCGAUCACAACAGCCUGUCCACCGCCAGGAAGAGGGCUCGAAAGGGGGCAGCUCAUCGGUGCCCCUAGAGGAUGCCUUGCCCGCUCAGCAGGCGCAGCUCCGGCUUGAAGCUCAGCUCCGGCUCGAAGUCCCAGGCUCGCCGGGAGAGCCGAAAGGCCGAUCACAACAGCGCGUCCACCGCCAAGAAGAGGGCUCGAAAGGGGGCAGCUCAUCGGUGCCUCUUGACGAAGCCUUGGCCGCUCAGCAGGCUCAGCUCCGGCUCGAAGUCCCAGGCUCGCCGGGAGAGCCGAAAGGCCGAUCACAACAGCGCGUCCACCACCAAGAAGAGGGCUCGAAAGGGGGCAGCUCAUCGGUGCCCCUUGAAGAGGCCUUGCCCGCUCAGCAGGCGCAGCUCCGGCUUGAAGUCCCAGGCUCGCCGGGAGAGCCGAAACGCCGAUCGCAACAGCGCGUCCACCGCCAAGAAGAGGGCUGGAAAGGGGGCAGCUCAUCGGUGCACCUUGAAGAGGCCUUGGCCGCUCAGCAGGCGCAGCUCCUGCUCGAAGUCCCAGGCUCGCCGGGAAAGUCGAAUGGCCGAUCACAUAAGCCCGUCCACCGCCAGGAAGAGUGCUCGAAAGGGGGCAGCUCAUCGGUGCCCCUUGAAGAGGCCUUGGCCGCUCAGCAGGCUCAGUUCCGGCUCAAAUACCCAGGCUCGCCGGGAGAGCCGAAAGGCCGAUCACAACAGCCUGUCCACCACCAGGAAGAGGGCUCGAAAGGGGGCAGCUCAUCGGAAGAGGGCUCGAAAGGGGGCAGCUCAUCGGUGCCUCUUGACGAGGCCUUGGCCGCUCAGCAGGCUCAGCUCCGGCUCGAAGUCCCAGGCUCGCCGGGAGAGCGGAAACGCCGAUCACAACAGCGCGUCCACCACCAAGAAGAGGGCUCGAAAUGGGGCAGCUCAUCGGUGCCCCUUGAAGAGGCCUUCCCGCUCAGCAGGCGCAGCUCCGGCUUGAAGUCCCAGGCUCGCCGGGAGAGCCGAAAGGCCGAUCGCAACAGCGCGUCCAUCGCCAAGAAGAGGGCUGGAAAGGGGGCAGCUCAUCGGCGCAGCUCCGGCUUGAAGUCCCAGGCUCGCCAGGAGAGCCGAAAAGCAGAUCGCAUCAGCGCGUCCACCGCCAAGAAGAGGGCUGGAAAAGGGGCAGCUCAUCGGUGCCCCUUGAAGAGGCCUUGGCCGCUCAGCAGGCGCAGCUCCGGCUCGAAGUCCCAGGCUCGCCGGGAGAGCCGAAAGGCCGAUAGCAACAGCACGUCCACCGCCAGGAAGAGGGCUCGAAAGGGGGCAGCUGAUCGUGGCCCCUUGAAGAGGCCUUGGCCGCUCAGCAGGCUGAGCUCCGGCUCGGAGGCCCAGGCUCGCCGGGAGAGCCGAAAGGCCGAUCGCAACAGCGCGUCCACCACCAAGAAGAGGGCUGGAAAGGGGGCAGCUCAUCGGUGCCCCUUGAAGAGGCCUUGGCUGCUCAGCAGGUGCAGCUCCGGCUCGAAGUCCCAGGCUCGCCGGGAGAGCCGAAAGGCCAAUAAAAACCGCCCGUCCACCACCAGGAAGAGGGCUCGAAAGGGGGCAUCUCAUCAGUGCCCCUUGUCGAGGCCUUGCCCGCUCAGCAAGCGCAGCUCCGGCUUGAAGUCCCAGGCUCGCCGGGAGAGCCGAAAGGCCGAUCGCAACAGCGCGUCCACCGCCAAGAAGAGGGCUGGUAAGGGGGCAGCUCAUCGGUGCCCCCUGAAGAGGCCUUGGCCGCACAGCAGGCUCAGCUCCGGCUCGAAGUCCCAGGCUCGCCGGGAGAGCCGAAAGGCCAAUAAAAACCGCCCGUCCACCGCCAGAAAGAGGGCUCGAAAGGGGGCAGCUCGUCAGUACCCCUUGACGAGGCCUUGCCCGCUCAGCAGGCGCUGCUCCGGCUUGAAGUCCCAGGAUCGCCGGGAGAGCCGAAAGGCCGAUAGCAACAGCGCGUCCACCGCCAAGAAGAGGGCUGGAAAGGAGGCAGCUCAUCGGUGCCCCUUGAAGAGGCCUUGGCCGCUCACCAGGCUCAGCUCCGGCUCGAAGUCCCAGGAAGAGGGCUCGAAAGGGGGCAGCUCAUCGGUGCCUCUUCACGAGGCCUUGGCCGCUCAGCAGGCUCAGCUCCGGCUCGAAGUCCCAGGCUCGCCGGGAGAGCCGAAAGGCCGAUCACAACAGCCCGUGCACUGCCAGGAAAAGGGCUCGAAAGGGGGCAGCUCAUCGGUGCCCCUUGAAGAGGCCUUGGUCGCUCAGCAGGCUCAGCUCCGGCUCGAAGUCCCAGGCUCGCCGGGAGAGCCGAAAGGCCGAUCGCAACAGCGUGUCCACCGCCAAGAAGAGGGCUCGAAAGGGGGCAGCUCAUCGGUGCCCCUUGAAGUGGCCUUGGCCGCUCAGCAGGCUCAGUUCCGGCUCGAAUACCCAGGCUCGCCGGGAGAGCCGAAAGGCCGAUCACAACAGCCUGUCCACCGCCAGGAAGAGGGCUCGAAAGGGGGCAGCUCAUCGGUGCCCCUAGAGGAUGCCUUGCCCCCUCAGCAGGCGCAGCUCCGGCUUGAAGCUCAGCUCCGGCUCGAAGUCCCAGGCUCGCCGGGAGAGCCGAAAGGCCGAUCACAACAGCGCGUCCACCGCCAAGAAGAGGGCUCGAAAGGGGGCAGCUCAUCGGUGCCUCUUGACGAAGCCUUGGCCGCUCAGCAGGCUCAGCUCCGGCUCGAAGUCCCAGGCUCGCCGGGAGAGCCGAAAGGCCGAUCACAACAGCGCGUCCACCACCAAGAAGAGGGCUCGAAAGGGGGCAGCUCAUCGGUGCCCCUUGAAGAGGCCUUGCCCGCUCAGCAGGCGCAGCUCCGGCUUGAAGUCCCAGGCUCGCCGGGAGAGCCGAAACGCCGAUCGCAACAGCGCGUCCACCGCCAAGAAGAGGGCUGGAAAGGGGGCAGCUCAUCGGUGCACCUUGAAGAGGCCUUGGCCGUUCAGCAGGCGCAGCUCCUGCUCGAAGUCCCAGGCUCGCCGGGAAAGUCGAAUGGCCGAUCACAUAAGCCCGUCCACCGCCAGGAAGAGGGCUCGAAAGGGGGCAGCUCAUCGGUGCCCCUUGAAGAGGCCUUGGCCGCUCAGCAGGCUCAGUUCCGGCUCAAAUACCCAGGCUCGCCGGGAGAGCCGAAAGGCCGAUCACAACAGCCUGUCCACCACCAGGAAGAGGGCUCGAAAGGGGGCAGCUCAUCGGUGCCCCUUGACGAUGCCUUGCCUGCUCAGCAGGCAGGCCUUCCCGCUCAGCAGGCGCAGCUCCGGCUUGAAGUCCCAGCUCGCCGGGAGAGCCGAAAGGCCGAUCGCAACAGCGCGUCCAUCGCCAAGAAGAGGGCUGGAAAGGGGGCAGCUCAUCGGUGCCCCCUGAAGAGGCCUUGGCCGCUCAGCAGGCUCAGCUCCGGCUCGAAGUCCCAGGCUCGCCGGGAGAGCCGAAAGGCCGAUCACAACAGCCCGUCCACUGCCAGGAAGAGGGCUCGAACGGGGGCAGCUCAACGGUGCCCCUUGACGAUGCCUUGCCCGCUCAGCAGGCGCAGCUCCGGCUUGAAGUCCCAGGCUCGCCAGGAGAGCCGAAAAGCAGAUCGCAUCAGCGCGUCCACCGCCAAGAAGAGGGCUGGAAAGGGGGCAGCUCAUCGGUGCCCCUUGAAGAGGCCUUGGCCGCUCAGCAGGCGCAGCUCCGGCUCGAAGUCCCAGGCUCGCCGGGAGAGCCGAAAGGCCGAUAGCAACAGCACGUCCACCGCCAGGAAGAGGGCUCGAAAGGGGGCAGCUGAUCGUGGCCCCUUGAAGAGGCCUUGGCCGCUCAGCAGGCUGAGCUCCGGCUCGGAGGCCCAGGCUCGCCGGGAGAGCCGAAAGGCCGAUCGCAACAGCGCGUCCACCACCAAGAAGAGGGCUGGAAAGGGGGCAGCUCAUCGGUGCCCCUUGAAGAGGCCUUGGCUGCUCAGCAGGUGCAGCUCCGGCUCGAAGUCCCAGGCUCGCCGGGAGAGCCGAAAGGCCAAUAAAAACCGCCCGUCCACCACCAGGAAGAGGGCUCGAAAGGGGGCAUCUCAUCAGUGCCCCUUGUCGAGGCCUUGCCCGCUCAGCAAGCGCAGCUCCGGCUUGAAGUCCCAGGCUCGCCGGGAGAGCCGAAAGGCCGAUCGCAACAGCGCGUCCACCGCCAAGAAGAGGGCUG